AUGGCCGCGAGAAUCACCACUUUCCUCAAGAAUGCCUGGGCGAAGGAGCAGGUGCUGAUGGUGUCCUUCUCAGUCUGGGGCCUCACUAUAAUUAUGCCCAUAAUCAGCCCCUACACCAAGUAUGCUUCCAUAAUCAACCAGGCGACACCCAACAACUACCCAGUCCCUGUACACAAUAAUGGGAACAUGCCCGAUGUGCCCAGCCACCCCCAGGACCCUCAGGGCCCAAGCCUGGAGCGGCUAAAGAACUGUGAACACUCCUGCUCAUGA